AUGGCGUCCAAGGUCCGACCAGCAUUAUCAGAUGAUGAACUUGUGGAUAUCUUCAUGGGUACGCUCCAAGGGAUGUAUUAUGAGAAGAUGAUUGGAAGUUCGUAUACAAACUUCGUAGAUAUGGUAACUAUUGGUGAACAUGUAGAUAAUGGGCGGAAAUCAGGAAAGAUCACAGAUACAACCGCUCUACAAACAACGAACAAGAGGUCGCAUGGGGGCUUCGCAAAGAAGAAAGAGGGGGAGGCAAAUGUUGUGACGGCAAAUGCCCACCCCAAUAUCAGUUUCCGAUGGCCCCUAUGUCGUACUAUCCAUAUUCGUAUGUCGCUGCAACUCAGUAUCAACAACCACAAUGUCAAUAUCAACCGCAGAAAGGUACCGUAUGCAGAACUGAUGCCAUAUUUGAUCCACGUAGGCGCUAUCGUACAGAAGGAAAUACCUGCAGCCUCUCCUCCGUUCCACCCUAAGCAUGAUCCUAAUCCUUCGUGUGCUUACCACGCCAAAUUUAUAGGGCAUUCUACAGAGGACUGUUGGACCCUCAAAUAUAAGGUCCAAGAUUUCAUUAAUCAGGAGAUCCUGUCCUUCUCUGAGGAAAAACCCAAUGUGAAUAUGAAUCCCCUGCCCAAUCAUGGUAGUUCAGAAGUCAAGGCCGUAGUCGAAGAGGAAACAACUGAGUCCGUACUGAGAGUCGAUGAUGUAAAGACUCCGCUGUUAGUUGUAUUGAAGAAACUUGAUCAGUUUUGGUUUCUAACAAUUAUACAUGAUGAUUGUGCAGUAUGUGAGUAUGACCUAGACAAUUGCGAUGAGUUAAAAGGUUGUAUGCAAGAGCUAAUGGAUCAGGGUUUGAUACAAUUCUCCAAGUCCAAGGCAGUAGAGGAAGUUGCAAUAAUCGAACCAACUAUCAUUAUGUAUAGGAAGAAGAAGGUUAAAGCUCCUCCCAAGAGGAUUCAACCAAUUCGUUUUCGUGUUCCCAGUCUGUUUCCAUAUAAGAAUACCAAGGCAGUGCCUUGGAAUUAUGAAACGACAACAUAUUUGGGAGGAAAAGAAAUUCGUAUUCCUGACAUUGAAAUCAUCAACAUCGUUGGAGCGGGAGGCAUGACUCGCAGUGGCCGUGUAUUCGCUCCAAAAUACACUCCUAGAGUGUCUCCAUCACCCACAGUUAUCCCGCAUAAGGAGAAGGUCAUUCCUACUCCAACUCCGCAGGCAAGGGCAACUGUACCUGCCACUCCGAACAUGACAAUUGUUCUAGUGCCGACGAAUGUUAUUGAUAACAAAUCUGCAGAAUCAGAAGUGUCUAAAGGUAAAGGGCCGAUGGUUGAGAAUGAGAAAGUUGAAGAUCACAAGAAGAGCAUCACUUUUGAGGAAAGCCAGGAAUUCCUCAAAUUGAUCAAGAAGAGUGACUUCGAGAUCGUCGACCAGUUGAACCAGACUCCCUCCAAAAUAUCCAUUUUGUCUUUGCUGUUGAGUUCUGAGGUUCACCGUAAAGCAUUGCUGAAAGGUCUGAAUGUCGCUCAUGUGAUGUAA